UGCAUAUUUCGCCAAAGGGGAGUAAAAUCUCCGCAAUCCAGGCCACAGAGCUUUGUGCAAGGAAGCCACGAUGGAGAGUUGUGGGAAUCUGGACUCUGUGGGCCUCAGACAGAAGGACAAUGAGAAUUCUGCGGAGCCAUCUGAGGUGUCAUCAGGAACGGCUAACCAUUCAGUGGGGAAGGAGCUGCUUGGCAUUCAGAGGGGAUGGAAAAAGCACAUGGGAAACCAACCAAAGGCAGGGAGGAGGAAGAGAUUCUCUGUUUCUCAGGGUGCCAGUUUCCACAAACUCCUAAUCCCACAGGAAGAUCAGAAAGGAAACAGAAAAGAAAAAUGCCCAGAGUGUGGGAAAACAUUCAAAGAUAAAUCAAACCUGAACAGGCAUUGUAGAACCCACACAGGGGAGAAACCAUAUGAGUGCCUGGAAUGUGGAAAGAGCUUUGGUCACAGUCACCAUCUUACCGUUCAUCAGAGAACUCACACUGGGGAGAAACCCUAUAAAUGCGCACAGUGCGGAAAAGCCUUCAGCGAUAGCGGAAGCCUUACUACCCAUGAAAGAAUUCAUACAGGGGAGAAACCAUACAAGUGUACGGACUGUGGAAAGAGCUUCAGCAACAGCGGAAGCCUUCAUACGCAUAGAAGGACUCACACGGGCGAAAAACCGUAUAAGUGCCUGGAAUGUGGAAAGAACUUCAUCCACAGCGGAAGCCUUCAUGCACACCAGAGAAUCCACACAAGGGAGAAAAUGUACGCAUGCGUGGACUGCGGGAGAUGUUUUGCUUCCGGCAGUCCCUUUAACGCACAUCCCGAAACCCACACAGAGGAGAAACCUUAUAAAUGUAUGGAGUGUAGAAAGAGGUUUGUUAGUAGCGGUUGCCUUAAUUCUCUGCAAAGAAUCCACCCAGGGGAGAAACCAUACGAGUGUGUUGUGUGUGGGAAAAGCUUCAGUGAUGGCAAAAGUCUGACUGCGCAUGAAAUAACUCACACGGGGGGAAAGCCACAUAAGUGCCUGGAGUGCGGGAAAAGCUUCCGCCAAAGCUAUAAUCUUACGUCACAUCAGAAAACUCACACCGGGGCAAAACCUUAUAAAUGCAUGGCGUGUGGGAAAAGCUUCAGUCGUAGUGGGAGUCUUCUUUCCCAUCAGAGAACCCACACGGGAGAGAAGUCCUAUAAGUGCAUAGAGUGUGGAAAGAGCUUCAUCGAGAGCCAGCAGCUUACUUUACAUCAAAGAACUCACACGGGAGAGAAGCCCUAUAAAUGCACGGAGUGCGGGAAGACCUUCAGCACGAGCGGAAGCCUUAACAGACACCAGACGACUCACACAGGGGAGAAGCCCUUUAAAUGUGCCGAGUGUGGGAAGGAUUUCAGUCAGAGGACACACCUUACGAAACAUGAAAGAACGCACACGGGCGAGAAGCCCUACAAAUGUGCGGAGUGCGGGAAGAGCUUCAGCACGGGCGGAAGCCUUCACAGACAUCAGACGACCCACACAGGGGAGAAACCUUUCGAAUGCACGGAAUGUGGGAAAAGCUUCAGUCGUCGAGGGAAUCUCAAUACACAUCAGAGAACCCACACAGGGGCAAAGCGAUGUAAACGAGUGGAAUGUGAGAAAAGCUUCAGUGGGAGUGGCAGCCUUACCUCGUAUCAGUGGAUCGGUGAAGAUGGUUAGCUGUAUCUAGUAUAAAC